AGUUUAAGUAAUUCAUCACCUUGAGAUCUGUCGUGUUAAGAAUACAAAUAAACUAAUUUAAAAUUUGUUUACGUUAUUGUCACAGUCGACUGAACAGAUGCGAGGGAGGUGAAAACAACGCGAUUAAUUUAUAAGAUCUCUCUUUAGUUGAAAAUGUACGUUAAACAUCCUCGAUUUUGUUAUUUUUUACACAAUAUGUUUUGGAGUAUGUGCAUUUUAUUUUCGUCACUACACGUGAUAGAUGGAUUUGAAUUGACUGUGUUACACACAAAUGACGUUCAUGCUAGAUUUGAACAGUUUAACAAAUACGGAUCUGAUUGUUCUGAAAACGAUGCGAGAGAUGGGAAAUGUUUUGGUGGCAUCUCAAGGAGGUCUACGAAAAUUCGUGAAAUACGUGCAAGUCAUGACAACGUGUUGCUUCUUGAUGCCGGUGACCAGUUUAUGGGAACAACUUGGUUUAAUGUUUAUUCCGGAAUGGCUACAUCAUUUUUCAUGUAUGAAUUGGAAUAUGAUGCAAUGUGUCUUGGGAAUCAUGAAUUUGAUCUCGGGGUUGGACCGCUCGUAACGUUUUUAGACAACGUCACGUUCCCUGUAUUAAGCGUCAACACUGAUAUAACCAACGAGUCUCGUCUAGAUGGGAAGUUUUUAAAGUCUGUUGAAAAGUCAGUUGGUGGGGAAACAAUUGGAAUUAUAGGAUACACCACACCUGAAACACCACAAAUUUCUAAACCAGGACCAACUGUCAGAUUUAAUGAUAUUCUUAGAACGGUACGUGACGAAGUGCACGCGCUUGAAGCAAAGGGAAUAAACAAGAUAAUUGCUUUAGGACAUGCUGGUUUUGACAUGGACAAACAGGUGGCGGGUAUAGACGGCAUUGACCUUGUGAUCGGAGGUCAUACCAACACAUUUUUAUACAAUG